CUGUAAUGUUGUUGUUCUAUUAAAAUAACCUUUAACUUCUGGUCUUCUAAAGUUUAACGCCGCUAUUCGUGAGGCUGCAUAGUUCCAAGAGUUGGGGUAUACCUAGGUAGCUCGUGGACCCUGCAGCUUCCCCGCAACAUGGGCCCCACAAGCCGCUGUACCCCAGGAUUCUACAACAGGAUGCUAGUGAGACCGGGUCGGCAUUAGGUAUGAGCGUGAGGUUAGAAACAAGCAAGUAUGUCUGGACGGUAAAAGGUGCUGAGCACACAACGAAUCCGAAGCCUCAACGCGCAACGCCCCAUCCUCAACAUGCCCUUAGAACACGACGCCUCCGGUCGAACAUUCAUCCACCACCCUUCCGGCCAACGAACCCACUAUAUACUCAACGACUUUACUGACCCCUGGAAACCACGAGAAACAAUCUUGAUACAGCACGGUUUCGGGCGUCACGCCGCCUUCUGGUACCACUGGGUUCCCGUUCUAUCUCGCAAAUACCGUGUCAUACGACGGGACUUGCGAGGCCAUGGAUACUCCAGCUACCCCCCAAAAUCAGAAAAGUAUGACUAUACCCUAGAUACGAUACUAGGAGAGAUGGUUGAUACACUUGAUCAACUCGGCGUGCAGAAAGUGCAUUUCUUCGGUGAAUCGACAGGAGGUAUCUUGGGCGAGAUAUUCGCGGCCAAAUACCCAAAGAAACUUUUGAGUCUGACUGUAUGCUCUACACCGACUCAUCUGCCUCCACAAGCUUUACAGCUCUUCGCUUUCGGUAGGAAGGACUGGCCGACGGCAUGCAGGGAGCUUGGGUCGCGGGGUUGGGCAGAAGAGUUGGCGCGUAUUCCUGGUACUGUUCCAGUGUCAGAUCCGCAAUAUCUUCCUUGGUACUUGGAACAGAUUGCCAUAAGUGACGGUGAGGGAUUGGCUCAAUAUGCGGAGUUCCUGUCAACAUUGGACGCGAGGCCGUGGUUGGAGAGGAUUAAAGUACCGACGUUGAUUUUAUCGCCGACACAAAGUGCUGCUGUUAAAGUCGAAGAUAUGGAAGCUUUGGCCGAGAAGAUUGAAGGAAGUAGGCUGGUGCUUGUCGAGGGCCCGGGACAUGAGAUAUACGUCACUCAAGCGGAGCAGUGUCAGCACGCCUUCUUCGGAUUCCUGGAGGAACCUGAUAGAGGCAUCACUAAAGGGGAAAGUCAACGUGAUUAG